UGGUGUUCGUGAGGAGUGCAACUGAUUUUUCGCAGGUUUUCUGAACUUCUCAGUUCAAGAGUUCCUUUAUUCCUCACACCGUUGGACUGAGGACAGUCAGUGCUGCCAACUGUGACAACCCGAAAUGCGCUAAACAGGGUUUUUCCCUUCUAAGUUGUCAACACUGCUCCCAGUGGAUGUAUUGCAGUUGGAACUUCAGAAGUUCAUGCGAAAAUGCAAAGGCUCAGAUUAGACUCGGCAGAGAGCCUCGCGGCAAAGAUGACGCAGUCUUCUAAAAACGAGGAGGAGAUACAGGGGUCUCCUGAGGUGGGCUGCUGUAACCACGCCAUUCGGUUGGUGCUGUUGGUAACUGUGAUCUGCAUAACGCUACCUAUUAACCUCGUGCUCAGUUGGCCAGCAGUACUCCCCAAACUUGAAGAGGACACAGAAGACUUCACCGUUACCAAGGAGGAUGUUUCUUGGCUGGUAUCAGUUGUGUCUAUCAUCGGUAUCUUUGUCUCCACGUUUGCUGGACCCCUGCUGGAGCUGCUGGGACCAAAACGCAUGGUUCUUUUAGCUCUGUUACCAAAGGCUGCCUUUUGGCUACUGAUUGCUUUCGCCCCGUACUUGUUUCUUCUCUACCUGGGACGUGUUGGAUUAGCCUUUGUCAACUGCUUCCUCUGCACAGCUUUCCAGCCAUUGCUGGCUGAAAUAAGCACCCCAGAGAAACGGGGACUGGUCGCUGCGUCUUCUGAAAUCGUAGCGGCUGCCGCCAUGUUGAUUGGGUACAUGCUCGCCCAUUUUCUCUCAUGGCGGCCUGCCACAGCCGUCCCUGCUGCUCCCUGCCUGUUGAUCUUGUUGCUGAUGUAUUUUGUUCCAGAGUCGCCCUACUGGUUAGUGAGAAAGAAUAGGAUAGAGGAGGCUGAGCGAUCUCUACGGCGAUUAAGAGGACCCAAAUGUGAUGUGAGUGAUCAGUUGAAUUCUAUGAUCACAGCUGCAUCAAAUAACAAGACAUCUAUUUCCUCCCAGAUAAUGCAGCUAAAGAAGCGAGAAAAUGGAAUGCCAGUAUUUCUGCUCUGGGUCAUUUUUGUCCUGAGAGAGUACGGAGGAAAGAGCGCCAUGUUCUCGUACUCGGUCUACACGUUCCACCAAGCAAAAGUGGAAGUAGAUCCAUUCAUUUGCACAAUCAUACUUGGUGCCAUAAGGUUAGUUGGACAUGUGAUCUCCGCCUUCACAAUAGACUACGUAGGCCGGAAGCCCUUUAUUGGUGGGAGCUCCCUUGUGUGUGGCCUCUCUGUGCUAGUCAGUGGCCUGUUCUUGGUCCUAGACCUGCCUGGAAAAUCUUGGGUGAGCCUUGGUCUACUGCUUGUGUACGUCAUUUCCUAUGGUCUGGGUAUAGGGCCAAUUCCGUGGGUGUACAUAGGAGAGCUCCUUCCAACCCCUGUGAGACCUAUGGGUUCUUCCCUGAUGGUGUUUACAUACAACCUUGGGGGUUUUGUCAUGAAUUAUACCUUCCUCAAGAUUAUCUCACGACUUGAUUUAGGACUAACGCUCGUCAUAUUCAGUGUGCCAAAUUUCAUCAUUACGCUUAUUGUUAUUUUGUGGCUUCCUGAGACAAGAGGUCGUUCCUUGGAGGAACUUCAAGAUGUGUUCCGCAAUAAAAGUGCAUCUAGUCCUGAGACGUCAUGAUAUUGUUAAUUCAAUCUCUCAGGGCAUGGUAACGCUGCAGCCAGUUAGGGGGUCUUGGCACCUCUGGGUAAACAUCAUCUGUUAACUUUUCACAACCAAAGUGUUUACCACAAGCCUGUUCUCUGGUUUCACAACCAAAGUGUUUACCACAAGUCUGUUCUUUAGUUUCACAACCAAAGUGUUUACCACAAGCCUGUUCUAUGGUUUUAUCCCUUAAUACUACUUCACAGUUACAGAUAAUGCUAUGUACGAUGAAAUAAAAAUUGAUUCAUACAUUUUAAUGACUUCAGUGGUGAAACAACUGAGAUAACAUAGACAGAACGAGUUCCUAUAAGAAAGCAAAGUUUCUCUUGCAGUUAACCUUACAAUAUUUGAUUUCUAGCCGAGGCAACCAACUCUUAUCCUUACUACUUAUUGAAACCAACUCAUCACUUAAUUUUACCUGGGAACUCCUAUGCAAGUUGUAUGGUACUUCCUAAAGGAUAUGAGUGUUGGAACAAUUUCACAGUUGCAUAUAGAGGUCCUCCCAACCCCAUGAGAUAUGUGGGGCCUUUGCCUUGAGUUUUUGCUCAGACUUGGUCUAGAAUUAAAGUUUCUCAUAUCUAUUAUACCAAAUUUUGUUGUCAUGCUCAUUGUUAUCCUGUGACUUCCUCAGCAGAAAGGCUGCUGAUUGGAGGCUCUUUAAGCGUCAUUUUGCUAAAAGAGUGAGUCUAGUCUCGGAGCAUUGUAACCAUUCAUGAUACUUUGUAAAGCCCAAGACUGGCAGUUUAAUAAAUAUCAACAUGAAAACCUAUACACCGUUUGGCCGCCUUCUGGUUAGCCAUAUUGUUAACUUCUAAACAAAAUGUUUACCUGUAGCAAAUUGAAAAAAAGAUAUAUGAUUUUUGUGAGUGAACAUAUAUAAUUUUACAGUUUAUAGAAUUUAAAUUUAUAUAAGCUUAAAUUCAACGUAUUAACUUCCCUUUUCUCUGCUGGAUUACAGCUUGAAUCGUUAGACAUCCAAUCUGAUCAUUCAUUGAAGGAAAUGUUUCACCCCCUACCAUUAGUAGAGUAUUGCAAGUCACUCUCAGUUCAAUGUUUUCCAUGUUUAAGAAAUUUUGCUGCCAGAUUCUUCUCUAUUUUUGGUUUCACUUACAUCUAUGAGAAGAGUUUCUCUUGCGUGAAGACAAAUAAGUCCAAGAACAGGUCCAUGUUAUCAGAUACAAACUUGAAUGCAGUGAUGAGAGUGUCUACCAGCAACCUUGUGCCAGAUUAUAAACGAAUUGUAAAGCAGAUUUGUGACCAGAAACAUUUUCCCCAUUAAAUUGCUUGAGCUGGAUUCUGAA